UCGCCCAAGAGAGUUGAUUUAGCAGCCAUAGGCUCCAACUUGGUACUACUGCAUAGAGGUACUUUAAACCAAUCCCUGGUAGUAACUAAAACCCAUGAAGUGCUUUUGUAUAGUCGUAGAGAGUAUCAAAAUACAUAGGUUGGGUAUUAUUAUCUUCUACUUCGUUAAUCAUUAUGCAUCUCUCGUUGCGUCUGCUGCAAUGGCGUCUUCUGGUCCCGUGCCCAGGGCUUCAACACCAACCUCUUCCACCCCACCCUUCCCCCGUCCUCCUAGCAGCUCCCAGUCCCUGGUUUCCCAAUCUAACCAUGCCCUGAGACUCUCGUCCCAAUAUGAAGCUUGUCUCGAAGCUUGGCGCUGCCCUUCUUCGGCUCCCCAUCCUCCUCAUCCAUCUGCUGUUUCAACUCGAGAAACCUCUUCUCCCUCUCCACACUCUCACUCUUCUCGCGUUCUUGUUCCUCCCGCCUAGCGACUUCCUUAGGGGAUAUAACUUUAUCACUGCCGUGCAUAAUUCUAUGAACGAGUGACUUUGCUCGUCGACGGCCUGCUAUGUAGGUUUCUAGUCCAACAAGAAUCGCAUAAGAACGAGAUAUUGAGACGUGGCUCAUGUCGGCUCCAGCGUCAUUUAAGGAAUUGACAAAAGCCCUAAAGUUCUUGACU